AUGACGCCCUUCAAGCCGCCGACAUUCAAGCCGCCUACCUUCGUCAAGACACCACUCCACGACGAGUCGCCUGCUGAGCCUCCAGCAAAGAAGCGCCGCAUCAGCCAGGAUGACGAGACUGUGAAUCUUGAGGCCACCAAAGCCGCCGUCCAGCUGCUGAAGAGGCCAGCUCCGCCUAGGAAAUUUGUUCCGCCGCCAGCGAGACAGCCUCUGGCCCCAGUCAGCAAUCCCAGCACUCCGUCUCAGAGCGAAUCUUCAGAGACCUUGCUGAAGACCUACUACACAGUCCUCUGGCGGAAGUUCACCACGAAGAAGAACAAGACUUGGGAUGGCGAUGGUGUGUUGACGGUACUUGGAUCUUCCGCCGUUCUCCAGGACGAUGCCGGGAAGGAGCUUGGCCGUGGCACUUGCAAAGGCCCGCUUCUCGUCGGCUCCGAACUGUCUGUUGGAGGCAAAGAUGUCCAAGUCGAGUCGAUGAUCCCCAAGGAAGAAUACACUUCGGGACGAGUCUUUCUCGCAGCCACCAAGCCCGCACCUGCACAGUCACUGAAACAGAUCAACGGCACAGCCAGAGUCACCAACAAGGAACAGGCGAAACACGACAAGAUCGCCGCAACGCAGAAAGAGCGAUUGGUGUCAAGUGCAGUCACCAGCAAAGCCGGUAAAGCUUCUUUCAAGGCGCCGCUGAUCGUCAACACCGUUCAGGUGCCCAAGAAGAACGCUACCAUCCCAGUCCCAAGACACGACCCGAAAGCCGAAGAUGCUGUGUUGAUGCGGAGGCCAAGUAGUGCGCCAAGAGGCAAGCAGAUUGUUGAUGUGGUCGUGGACCCAUUACUCAGCCGCAAGCUACACGCACAUCAACGCGAAGGAGUCGCGUUCAUGUAUGAGUGUGUAAUGGGCAUGAUGGACUAUGUUGGCGAGGGUGCCAUUCUCGCCGACGAGAUGGGCCUCGGAAAGACACUGCAGACCAUAGCACUGCUGUGGACCUUGUUGAAGCAGAACCCCAUUUACGAGGACGGCCCAGUCAUCAAGAAAGCUCUCAUCGUGUGCCCGGUGACUCUCAUCAAUAAUUGGCAGAAGGAGUUCCGCAAGUGGCUUGGCAACGAGCGCAUUGGUGUCUUCGUCGCCGAGAAUAACAAGAUGCGCCUCACAGAUUUCACCCGAGGAAGAGCAUAUCAUGUCAUGAUUAUCGGGUACGAGAAGCUCACCAAGGUACAGGAUCAGCUCAAGGGAGACUGCGGGAUCGACAUAGUCAUUGCAGACGAGGGCCAUCGACUGAAGGCGGAAAAGAACAAGGCUGCUGCCGCCAUCAAGUCGAUCAAUACAGACAGGCGAAUCAUAUUGAGCGGGACUCCCAUUCAGAACGAUCUCUCUGAGUUUUACCAGAUGGUGGACUUUGUCAAUCCCAACAUAUUGGGCAAGAAAGCUGCGUUCCGACGAGAGUUUGAAGACCCAAUCGUCAAGAGCCGACAGCCUGGUGCCUCUGCAUCGGACGUGGAAAAGGGAGAGGCGCGCAGCGAACAUCUGGCCGGACUCACGCGAAACUUCAUCUUACGACGUACUGCAGAUGUCAUGGCGAAGUUCUUGCCGCCGAGAACUGAUUACGUGGUCUUCUGCAAGCCAACCCCAGUACAGGCUUCAGUGUAUCGUAGCAUCAUCGGCUCGCAAGCAUUCCUGGCGGCUAUGCACAGUCCAAAGUCAGCGUUGCAGCUCAUCAAUGUCUUGAAGAAAGCUUGCAACAGUCCAAGUCUACUACUCAAAGCCAACGAUGAAGGCGAAGGGCGCGUGAGCUCAGAGCUUCUGGAAGACGUGUCGCCGAGCGACUUGAGGUUUCCAGGGACCAGUGGCAAGGUCCGAGUACUCGACUCGCUGCUCCGUGAAAUCUACACUGCGACUGAUGAGAAGGUCGUCGUUGUCAGCAAUUACACUUCGACGCUAGAUGUGCUGGCCAACCUGAUGACCUCGAUGGACUACCAAUUCCUUCGCCUCGACGGUGCCACACCAAAGAACAAGCGACAAGAACUGGUAGACCGCUUCAACAACUCUCCUCAGAAGGCCGCAUUCGUCUUUCUGCUCUCUACAAAAGCUGGAGGAGUUGGAAUCAAUCUCAUCGGAGCUUCUCGAUUGAUUCUUUUCGACUCAGACUGGAAUCCUUCUAAUGACUUGCAAGCUAUGGCUCGCGUCCACCGCUUUGGCCAGCGCAGGACUUGUUUCAUCUACCGACUGCUGGUACAAGGGGCAUUGGACGAGAAAAUCUUCCAGCGUCAGGUCAGCAAGACAGGGUUGGCUGACAGCAUUGUCGAUCGGAAGAGUAAUGCCAGUGGCUUUACUCAGGCCGAGCUUCGUGAUCUCUUUACUUUCGAUGAGAACGACGACUGCCAAACGCACCGUCUAUUGGGCUGCACUUGCGGUGGGAAUGGGUUGCCGAUAGGAGAGGCAGCUAGAGAAUCCGCAGAAAAGGCUCAGGUCGCCCGUAAUGACUUGGUAACCCUCAGCGGUAACGAUGAGACGGAAGUGCUCUACCUGGCCGAUAGCGACGAAGAAGCGAAUGUGAAUGCCUCGAAGGGUGCUUGGAGAGGGACUGCUAAGGAUUACGACCCCGAUGCGGUCGAGGAAGAGCAUAGACGACAGACACAGGAAGGGAAGAUGCUGAGUCUGAUGCAGUGGACUCACUUCAACACGGGGCAUGUUACCGCGAAUGCGUCUGAUCAGGACGACACGGAGGCUUCAGAGCUGGAUGAGGUCGGGAUCGCGGUGGAAGACGACGCUCUUCGUACGGUCAUGCGCGAGCCUGGUCGUCGUGUUGGCUACGUCUUCGCUAAGCUCAGUGCUUCCACCACUGCUUCGCAUGAAAAGCCAGACGCGCAGGCGAGAUGA